AGAGCAGGUGCUCAUUCUCUCUUGUUGACCAGAAAAUUUGUAGAGCUGAAACAGUCAGGAGCUUCUGGUGAAGAAAGAGAACACUGGAGUGGUGAGGUAAUUGGAGUCAAGUGUCACUUAUGCCAAGAUUACCAUGGGAGCUGGAGACAACCUUUAAAUGUAUCUCAUUUAAAGGAGAAAGUGACAAUGCUAUCUGCCACCUGCCUCAUGUUAGGGUCAAUGGAACGUUUCCACAUAUCAUAUAAGCCAAUAUGAAGGGAAAAUAUAGUGUUGAUUUGAGGUUUGGAAUACAGAUUGUCAAUUGAGAAAGACUGGAGGCAAGAAAACCAAUUAGGAGACUUUUGCAAUAGUCCAGGACUAGGAGUACUAGAAGUGCUUUGACAUUUAACAGUCUCUAAAGGAAGGGCCUGAGUUACUGACUGGCCAAAGAAAAAUGAGCACAAGAGUUUGCUGGCUCUGUAAGAAAGGAAGAAAGAAAUCCAAUGGGAUCUCUUCAAACCUUUCUCUGGAAGAAGUGUUCCAGUGGGCUGAGUCUUUUGAAAAACUGAUGACAACAAAAUAUGGUCCAGUAAUCUACACAGCAUAUUUAAAAAUGGAGCACAGUGAUGAGAAUAUGAAAUUCUGGAUGGCAUGUGAGACAUACAAAAAAACUGCGUCACGAUUUAGCAGAAUCUCUAAGGCCAAGAAGCUUUACAAGACUUACAUUAAACCUCAGUCCCCUAGAGAGAUUAACAUUGACAGCCCCACCAGAGAAGCCAUCAUUAAGAACAUUCAAGAACCCACCCAGAAUUGUUUUGAUGAAGCUCAAAAAAUUGUGUACAUGCACAUGGAGAGAGACUCCUAUCCCAGAUUCCUAAGGUCAGAAUUAUACCAGAACCUCAUUGAAAGCCUGCAGAUGGACAGCCAAACCUGAAAAGUACAUUACCAUUUCAGAAACUGAAGAUGGUGUAUAGAAAGCGCCUUCUUUGUUCUGUUAACACCCUUUAUACAACAAAAAAAGGAAACAGAGGAAAGUGAACAAUGAGUGGAUUUAUAGCUUCCAAACAGGCACUCUACAAACUUUAGAAAUACAAGAAAAAUCCAAUGUAAUUUGAUUAUCACACCAAAUGAAUUAUAACACAGAGCGAAUUAUGUACCUAUCUCCCAGGGAUGUUGUGAGGAUAAAAUAAGAUCUUUUGUAAAGCACUUUGCAAACCUUGAAGUGCUAUAUAAGUGAUAGCUAGCUCAAUUUAAGCCUGAUAUAGCAGUUUAUAUAUAAGGCAGAUGUUAAGAUUAUCUCCACAAUACCAACAUUAAAGAGAUUCCUCUCAAGUGACCAAAUCAAAGCUUUUCAAAUUCAUCCAUUGAUCAUGCUCCUGGAUCACACACACACCUCAGGACCUCAAAAGUUGUACUUAAAUGACAACUAGCUCUAGGGUACAUUAUAUGCUGUAAAGAAAAUGUUCUUGCUUAAUAAAUUUGCUUAACUGUAUUGAAUUAUCAAGAAUGUAAUGAAGAUACUUCACAGUAGAAACCAAUCACAAAUUGAAGCCUUAGUAAUAAUAACAAAGUUGUGGUCUUAGACACUAUGUUACUUACAUAGUAUUUCAUGUAUGUGCUAUUUUACAUGCAUACUUUUUCAUUUCUUUAUAGCUUAUUAAAUUUCAACCAUUGGCAUAUUGCCUAUAUUUUAAA